GUCUCUUGCUCAGCACUUCCAACACACUUCACCACUACCCGUACCGCUGUUCGCUUUCCGUGCUAACACGCCUGUGCCAUGAAAGGUUCUAUCCCGGACACCCAAGAUGAGACGGGGCGGACUAGUUUGCACCAAGCGGCCGUGAAAGGCGAUGUGGAUGAGGUUGGCUUUCUUCUUUCUUCUGGGGCGAAUCCCAACACUCAAGAUGCGCACCUGCAGACCCCAGUUACGCUGGCGGCCGAGCGAGGGCUGUACGAGGUGGUGAAGGCCUUGGCCGAACUCGAUGCGACUGACAUCAAUCGACAAGACAGCUUCGGGAGAACGCCGCUACACUGGUGUGCAAAAAGAUGCGACGUGAAAGUAGCCAAAGUUCUGCUGGGAACAGGAAAGGCUAACGUCAACGUCAGAACCACGGGAGGAGAUACCGUGUUGCACUGGGCCUGUUCUGUUGCGGGAGUCAGCGAUACUUCGGACACAAGAGACUUGGAAGAGUCAUCUUGUCAAGUUGUCGAGCUUUUGAUCGGGGCAGGGGCCGACGUGGGGGCUAAGAACGACAGAGGCGAAAAGCCGGUGGACCUCGUGACAAACGAGUCGGUCCUGGCGCUCCUCGUUAGCGCGGCACAAGAGCUCGACAAGCGGGAAGAGGAAGAAGCUGCUGAGGCAGAACGAAAAAGUGCACCAGAAGCCUCCAGCAACACGUCGUCAACGGCGACAACUACAGCUGCAGGGCCAAUAGGACAAACAGCGGGCUGGCCGACAAAGCAACAACAGCAGCAGGGGGCUGGAACCGCGAGCAAAGCCUUCACGAAACAGGGAGUGGCGGGCGGCCCGACUGCCGGAGCGGCGGCAGGAACGAAGAAGAAAAUCGUCAUCAAGCUUAAGAAAAAAACAUGA